UAUGCACUCGUGAUUGUCUGGCGUGCUUCUUCACUCUUCACUCUUCACUCUUCAUGAGUGUAUGUUUAAGCAUAUGAAAAAUGAGCUUCGAACAAGAACAAUGAAAAAGAUGACAAGUGAGUGAAUAAGAGUGAAAACUUGUGUAUCAUUCGAAUAUCAACCACUGUUUACAAUGAAGGAUAUCCUAUUUAUACAAAGGAUAAUUAAUGCUCUCAUGACGGCUUUGUAGACAGAGACAUACACACAGCUCUUCAGAGAUGAUGAAGGCUUUUCUCAGUUGGAUUACCUCACCCUUUUUGCUGCUUCUCUGCUUCAUGGAUACACCCACUGGAGCUCAAACUCCAUCUCUUCCAAUCCCCCAGAAAGAAUUGAGUGCUCUUGUUGAAAUAGCUGAUCAGUUGGGGAAAAAAGGAUGGAACUUUAGCCUGAAUCCAUGUGACUCGGACCCAAGCUGGAACACUUCCCUGGACUCUAAUUCUAUCUAUCAGAAUUCUGUAAUCUGCAAUUGUUCAUAUAAUGAUGGCUUCUGCCACGUGGAAAACAUAACUCUGAAGGGACAGGAUUUAGCGGGUGUCCUCCCCCCUUCCUUGUACAAGUUGCAGUUUCUCAAGCUCAUUGACCUUACUCGGAACUAUUUAAAUGGAACAAUCCCCCAGGAAUGGGUGUCUCUGGGACUGCAACACAUGGUUCUUUCUGUCAAUCGAUUGUCUGGACCGAUUCCAAAGUACUUAGGAAAUAUGAGCACACUCCAACGAAUAGGCUUGGAGAACAACAUGUUUAGUGGAAAUGUUCCUCGAGAGCUCGGGAAACUUUUCAAUUUGGAAAGACUCACUAUUUCUGCAAACAGUCUUAUAGGUCAGCUUCCUAUAGAAUUGAAUAAUUUGUCCAAGUUGACAGAAUUUAGACUGAGCCGAAAUAACUUCACUGGGAAAUUCCCUAGCUUGGAGGCGUUGAAAAACCUUGAAAAAUUAGAGAUUGAAGCAGCUGGUUUUGAAGGGCCAAUAUUCAACAUUUCAUCAUUGAUCAAACUAGUUGAUAUAAGAAUCACAGAUUUGAUUGGAGGUGCCUCUGAGUUCCCUAUGAUAAGAAACAUGAGCAACUUAGCUAAGUUGACGUUCAGGAGUUGUAAUUUGUACGGGACGAUACCCGAUUAUGUGGGCAGUAUGAUGUCGUUGCGACUUAUGGAUUUGAGUUUCAACAAUCUUGAAGGUGAAGUUCCAAAACUUAAGGAGUUGACAAAUAUGGAAAUGAUGUUUUUGACGAACAACUCCUUCAAUGGGUCAAUCCCAGACUGGAUGCAAGUUCAAGAUCCCAGAAAGCAAGUAGAUAUUUCUUACAAUAACUUCAGUGAGAGCUCUGUCCCGUCUAGUUGUCGUGAGAGCUUCAAUGUAUUCAAAUCCUCCCCUGGGUGGAAUCAUGAAGAAGCUGGGAAAUGCAUGAUGGCCUGUUCUAAGGCUUGGUAUUUUUUUCAUAUAAAUUGUGGCGGUCCCAAAGUAGUAAUUGGAGACAACACCUAUGACAACGAUGAAGGCUCAUCAGGCUCUACAAACUUUGCUCACCUAUAUGAAAAUUGGGUUGCCAGUAGCACAGGGGACUUUUGGGAUGCAACCCGAACCGUUUCUGCCUAUACAGAACGCAAUGUAUCCGUUAUCAGGGGAAAUAAUAAAACUGAACUUUACAUGACUGCCCGUGUCUCUCCUUUAUCUUUGACUUACUUCGGUCGCUGUUUGGCAAAUGGAAACUACACUGUCACUCUACGUUUCGCAGAAAUCGUUAUAAGAGAUAACAGAUCAUUCCGUAGUCUUGGAAAACGGUUCUUUGAUGUUUAUAUCCAGGGUGUACGCGUCUUAAAUGAUUUUGACAUAAAAAGUGCAGCUCAUGGAGUGGAUACACCCAUAGAACUGAAAUUCAAUGCAACCGUCACCGACAAAACGUUAGAAGUGCGCUUUCACUAUACCGGGAAGGGGACUACAGCUGUCCCAACCAGAGGAAAAUAUGGUUCUUUAGUAUCAGCUAUCUCUGUAGUAUCAAAUUUCAGCCCUCCUAAUCACAAAAGGCUGAAUCCCACUAUAGCUGCGUCUGUGAUAACUCCCUUACUUGUCAUCCUCAUACUGGUUGGUAUUGCUUGGAGAAUUAAAUACUCCAGAAGAAAACUUGCAAUGGAAAAAGAACUAGCUGGGCUUGAUCUGAGGACUGGUAUCUUCACCUUUAGACAAAUCAAAGCUGCCACUGAUGACUUUAGUGCUGAAAACAAACUAGGAGAAGGUGGUUUUGGAGCAGUUUACAAGGGUACACUACUAGAUGGCACCAUAAUAGCUGUUAAGGUGCUCUCAUCCAAGUCAGCCCAAGUAACCCGUGAGUUCGUAAAUGAAAUUGGCAUGAUCUCUGGUUUGCUACACCCAAAUGUUGUGAGGAUUUAUGGAUGCUGUGUAGAAAAAAAUCAUCUUCUACUGGUAUACGAGUAUGUGGAAAACAACAGCCUUGCACGUGCUCUAUUUGGUCCGGAAGAAACACGGCUGGAAAUAGACUGGCCGAGUAGGCAAAGAAUUUGUGUUGGAGUAGCUAAAGGUUUAGCUUUUCUGCAUGAUGAGUCAGCUCUAAGAAUUGUUCAUAGGGACAUCAAAGCUGGUAAUGUACUUCUUGACAAAAUCCUCCAUCCAAAAAUUUCAGACUUUGGUUUGGCCAAACUUGACGAAGAGGGGAACACUCAUAUCAGCACUAGAGUCGCCGGUACAAUUGGAUACAUGGCCCCUGAGUAUGCAUUAUGGGGCUACUUAACAUACAAAGUAGAUGUGUACAGCUUUGGUGUUCUGACUCUCGAAAUAGUUGCUGGAAUAAACAACAUUAAGUUUGGGCCUGAAACGAACUAUGUUUGCCUACUUGACUGGGCCUUAGUUUUACAAAAAAGAGGGAAUUUGCUGGAGCUGGUAGAUCCUAGACUGGAAUCGGAUUUCGAUAGAGAGGAGGCGUUGAGAAUGAUCAAGGUGGCAUUGUUGUGUACCAGUCCAUCACCAGCGCUUCGACCAACCAUGUCUGCAGUUGUCCUAAUGCUUGAAGGUGAGGCCGAUAUUAAUGAACUCAGCUCGGAUGCAUCUAUGUUUGGCGAUGAGUACAACUUUUAUGCACUUAGGGGAAAGUAUGACGAGAUGAAGUCAACUGAGAAACACAGUCUUUAUCAAUCACAUAGUUCAAAAACAGGAGAUGACCCUUCUUCAUCAUCCACCUUCUAGCCAGAACUUUGUGUUGUCAAAUAAACCAGUCUGCAGUACCAAUGGCUGAGUCCGACAGAGGAUUUUUGUGGGGAAAAUAUAUUGAUGUUUAAACUGUGUAUUAAUGUAACUACUCAUACAGUCAUACUCCAUAUCAUGUAUUACCUCCGUCUCACUCAACUUUGCCAAAUUGAUGUUAGGUGGGAAAUUAGAAUAGUAAAAUUUGGGUGGUUGAGGUUUAUGCAGAGGAGAGAGAAAUGAACAAAGCCCCAAAAACACUGCAUUAAAAGGAAAGUGACAAAGUUUUUUGGGACAAACAAAAAAGGAAAGUUGGCAAAGCCCAGUGGGACAGAGGGAGUAAGUUGUAACGAUAUAGCAUGUAUAGUUUGUUCAUAAAGGUCUUUUCAUUUAGACGUUUUCUCUAUUUUGGAAAUUGUAAUUUGUAAAUGUGUAACAUAUAUUUUGCAUUUUUAUUAAUUACUAUUACGUAUGAUUGUUGUAUUGUUUUUUAUGAAUGAAUGAGCUUUGGAUUGUUAUGAACAAUAAUUACUUUUCGCUUUAGUUUGAUUUA